UGUCGCCUCAGUGAAGAACCUUACAGUAGGUGCCUGGCUCUUGAACGAAAAAGUUAUUGAAAAGUAAGAAAAAACGGCAAAAUGCAGCCGAUAUUAAGUUUAGUGCUGGUUGGCCUGUUUUGUGUGACAACAUGUGAAGAAUACUUUUUGCCUUCAUACAUCAAGCCGUGCCAGUUGGAUGACAAAAAUUUCACGAAAUGUGUGAAAGAACAAAUAGAAGCCAGUUUACCCCACUUCACAAAAGGCGUCCCCGAACUCAACGUGCCGUCGAUAGACCCCGUGAAAUUGGAUGAUAUUAUAAUCGACGGGAACGGAUUAACGCUGAAAUUCACGCAAGCUGCAAUGCACGGGUUGAGCCAGAGUCAGCUUACAGACUUAAUCGUAAAAAUUGGUGAAUCGGAUGAAGAUUUCAAGCUGGCUUUCAAAGGAAACCUUAGUUUGACUGCGAAAUACGAGGUCGACGGGCGCAUUCUGAUCUUGCCCAUUCAAGGAAAGGGAGAUGCAAUUGUUUAUGCUCAGGGAGUCGAAGUUGAAAUCAACAGCAAGCUGAGCCACGUGAAAGACAAGAGGAACCAUACGCACUUUAAGCUGAUCACGCCUUCCUACAACUACACAGUAGAGAAAACCACUUUUGAUCUCAAAAACCUGUUCAAUGGGAACAAACAAUUAUCGGACACAACCCACCAGUUCGCGAACGAGAAUUGGCGGCAGUUGAUGGACGAUCUCGCCCCGCCGGCCAUCAAACAGAUCGUCAGGACCUGCGUCAAAACUAUCAAUAAAUUCUUCGCAAACGUCCCCAUAGAACGAAUGGUGAAAGGGUACAAGGAGCCUUAGGCUGUGAUAUAGUGUUAUUUAGAUUAGUUGUUAGGAUUAUUGUAGUAAUUUAUUAUAAGCGUAAAUUAAUAAAACGGUGUUUUAAUUUA